UGAAAUUACUUUAGGUGUUUUAACACAUUCUGCCCAGGCUCUUCUUAUAUAAAGAUAAUAUAACAAAACUCCGUCUUUGAAUGGUCACGUUGGCAAAAAUGAGUGCUGAAGGAUACCAGUAUAGAGCCUUGUAUGAGUAUAAAAAAGAACGGGAAGAAGAUAUUGACUUGCAUGUGGGGGACAUAUUAACUGUAAAUAAAGGGUCCUUAGUAGCACUUGGAUUCAGUGAUGGGGAAGAAGCAAAGCCUGAUGAAAUUGGUUGGUUAAAUGGCUAUAAUGAAACAACGGGAGAAAGAGGUGACUUUCCAGGAACUUAUGUAGAAUAUAUUGGAAGAAAAAGAAUUUCACCUCCUACCCCAAAACCUCGGCCACCCCGACCUCUUCCUGUAGCUCCAGGCUCUUCAAAACUGGAAACAGAUAAUGAACAACAAGGUUUUACACUUCUAGAUCUCACAGAGCAGUUUUCCUCUCCUGCUGUUGCUCCACCAAUCCUUAUCAAAUUAGUGGAAGCUAUUGAGAAAAAAGGUCUGGAAUGUCCAACUUUGUACAGAACCCAGAGCUCAAGCAGCUUAGCUGAACUCCGGCAGCUUCUUGAUUGUGAUGCCUCUUCAGUGGACUUUGAUGUGAUUGAUGUACAGGUCCUCUCAGAUGCUUUCAAGAGAUAUCUCUUGGACCUGCCAAAUCCUGUCAUUCCUGGGACGAUUUACAGUGAAAUGAUUUCUGUAGCACAAGAACUGCAGAACUCAGAAGAGAAUGUCCAGAUGCUAAAGAAGCUUAUGAGGACUCCUCACAUACCUCAUCAGCACGGGCUCACGCUUCAGUAUUUGUUAAAACAUUUCUUCAAACUCUGCCAGGCCUCCAGCAAAAAUCUUUUGAAUGCAAGAUCUCUCUCUGAAAUUUUCAGCCCUAUGCUUUUCAGAUUUCCAAUCACAGGCUCUGAUAAUGCCGAACACCUCAUAAAAACUAUAGAACUUUUAAUCUCUAGUGAAUGGAAUGACCGACAGCCUGCACCAGCACUGCCUCCUAAGCCACCCAAACCCACUACUGUAACAGCUAACAACGGUAUGAAUAACAAUAUGUCCUUACAAGAUGCCGAAUGGUACUGGGGAGACAUCUCAAGGGAAGAAGUCAAUGAAAAGCUGCGUGAUACAGCAGAUGGCACCUUUUUGGUACGAGAUGCAUCCACCAAAAUGCAUGGGGACUAUACUCUUACACUUAGGAAAGGAGGAAAUAACAAAUUAAUCAAAAUAUUUCACCGAGAUGGGAAGUAUGGCUUCUCUGACCCAUUGACUUUCAACUCUGUGGUUGAACUGAUAAACCACUACCGGAAUGAAUCUCUAGCUCAGUAUAAUCCCAAGCUGGAUGUGAAAUUACUUUAUCCAGUUUCCAAGUACCAACAGGAUCAAGUUGUAAAAGAGGAUAGUAUUGAAGCUGUAGGAAAGAAAUUACAUGAAUAUAACACUCAAUUCCAAGAAAAAAGCAGAGAAUAUGACAGACUGUAUGAAGAUUAUACCCGUACAUCUCAGGAAAUCCAAAUGAAAAGAACAGCAAUUGAAGCAUUUAAUGAAACAAUAAAGAUAUUUGAAGAACAAUGCCAAACCCAGGAACGGUACAGCAAAGAAUAUAUAGAAAAGUUUAAACGUGAAGGAAAUGAAAAAGAAAUACAAAGGAUUAUGCAUAAUUAUGAAAAGUUAAAGUCUCGAAUCAGUGAAAUUGUGGACAGUAGACGAAGGUUGGAGGAGGAUUUGAAAAAGCAAGCAGCUGAGUAUCGAGAGAUUGACAAACGGAUGAACAGCAUCAAGCCAGAUCUUAUUCAGUUGAGGAAGACAAGGGACCAAUACUUGAUGUGGUUGACUCAAAAAGGUGUUCGACAAAAGAAGUUGAAUGAAUGGCUGGGCAAUGAAAAUACAGAAGACCAAUAUUCAAUGGUGGAAGAUGAUGAGGAUUUGCCGCACCAUGACGAGAGGACAUGGAACGUGGGAAGCAGCAACAGGAGCAAAGCAGAGAACCUCUUGCGGGGCAAACGAGAUGGCACUUUCCUGGUUCGAGAGAGCAGCAAACAGGGUUGCUUUGCUUGCUCUGUAGUGGUGGAUGGUGAAGUAAAGCACUGUGUGAUAAACAAAACCCCAACGGGGUAUGGAUUUGCAGAGCCAUAUAAUUUGUACAACUCUUUGAAAGAGCUGGUGCUACAUUACCAACACACGUCCCUUGUCCAGCACAACGACUCUCUCAAUGUCACCCUAGCCUACCCAGUCAAUGCACAGCAGAGGCGAUGAAGAGCUCGUACUGUCUCUUUACCUAAAAAGUUCCACGAUAUUGAGGCCUCUGGAAAGCCAAGGGCUCCCCCCAGCCCCCUCAGCCUAACCUGUGAUUUUGAGCUGCAGAAACAAAGCUGUCUGUCUUCAGAUAGGACUAGAGCUUUCUUCGGGGCAGGGAAAAAAGGAUGCGGGGGGAGAACGCAGCCUUGAGCUGUGACCGUACGUUUCUAAUCCGGAGUGGGUUUUUUGUUUUUGUUUUUGUUUUUGAAUUUAAAAAACCCGAAGAGGAAAAAAAAUGCUAAAUCUCUGCCUGCAGGGACAUAGAGGCCUUUAACUCACAUGGUGCUUGUUUACGCUUUCUGAAGCUUUACCAGCCUGACGUUUGGACUGUGUGGACCGAGGGGCAGGCAGGGCUCGGCAGCCCUGCUUUGAGAAUCGAUCAGUCCAGCCUGGAUUGGAUUUUGGCAAGUCACUGUGCUCGGUGGACCCAGACACACACACACAGCACUGUGGAUUAUUUCAUUUUUCUGAUGAAUGAACGGAGGAACGAAUGAAUAUGUAGCAGAAAGACACUUCCACUUAUAAGGAACACUUUAAAGGGACACUUUAAGAGAACUUCAGUUCACAUCUGUUCAGAGGAAUUGCUUAUAGUAGCCAAGUGCCAGGAAGUGUUUUGUUUAGACUUUAAAACAAAACAAAAAAAAGGAAGAAAAACUACACCACCACCACCAAAUCACCCAGUUUUGAGAAAUUGAGCAUUGAAAACAUGACUUUAAAUGAAAUACAGUAUAUAUAAAAUAUGUACAUAAUAUCAGAAGACUAACUAUCGAAUAGAUAGCUCCUAUCAAAACAAAACAGCUUCUCUUUUCUUUUGUUUUGCUGAAAGCUAAAUCCUUAGUGCUAUGCAAUUCUUCGUUUUCAUUAAGUUGUAUUUCAAUUUUAAAUGUACCUUCAGAAUAAGCUCCCCCUCUUCCGGGUUUUGUUGCUUGAAAAUGUUGUUUCCUCUGAUUUUUUUUUAUUAAUAUUCAUUUUGUUAUUUUUUUUAAAGAAAGAAAUGUACAGGUUGCCAGUAAAAAUUGGCUUCAGAAUUAAAAUUAUGAAAUAUUUUACAAUUUUCCUUGUACAGAAUACUUGGCUGUUAGCCCAAGGUUAAAAAGUUCAUAACAGAUUUUUGGACUAAAUGUUUUGUUGGGCAGUGCCUGAUAAGCUUCAAAGCUGCUUUAUUCAAUAAAAAAAAUAUAUGAAUAUUACAAAGUA